AUGAUUUCAAGCCUCGCCAUCGCCGUUGUCCUCCUCGCAGUGCUCGGAUUAGUCGCAAUCGGCGUGGCCCUCACCUUCAAAUGGCGAACAGAAGUCAGACGGAGCCUACGCCUACAACAAGAAGAAAUACGACAGAGAGAUGCCCACGCCAUCGCAGCGCAACUCUUAUCAGCAAGGGAAGAACGAGGAAGAAGGGCAAGGUCAAGAUCUGCGGCUCCAAGACCGUUAAUACCAACUAGAACGAGGAGAAGCUCGCGACGGGUCUCACCCAUCGGCCGACCUGUACAGAGAAACGAGGUCAGGAGGUCUACGACAAGAACAGAGAAUACUGUGCAUCAGCAGCAACAACAGCAAAGGCCAUCAACACCCCCACCUCCUCCUGCAGGUGCUCCUCCCUCAUCUCCUGCUCAACCGGCAGCGCCGCAGUCAUCUCCUCCGAAACCCUCUCCUCCAGUGGCAGCAGCGACAGAUGAUGAAUGGCAGAACAACGAUGCACAGCCAAAUACGCAGGUAUCCCAGGGAGGGGCAGAAGGACAAUAUGACCCAUGGGCAGCGAGUGACGCAGCACAAGGGCAGAACUCCCAGGGACAAACUGAGGGCGGAUGGAAAGCCAGUGACGCUUUCGCUCCGGCACAGGACACUCAGGGAGAACGGUCAGGGAACGGGAAAGCUGGCGACGGUACAACUACGAAGGCGACUGAGGAAGCAAAGCCAGUCGAACCAGAGGCUACCUGGUAG